CAGCUUCCUAUAACACUGCUCGACAUGGACACCCGUGAGAUGGAAGGUGGAUUAAAUGUCAUUCUCACCAUCCGGCUACUUAUGUACGGAAAGGAAGUUGGCAGUAUCAUCGGAAAGAAAGGAGAAUCCGUUAAGAAGAUUAGAGAGGCGAGUGGUGCACGAAUCAACAUCUCAGAAGGGAAUUGUCCUGAGAGAAUUAUCACCUUGGUUGGACCCACUAAUGCUAUCUUUAAAGCCUUUGCCAUGAUCAUUGACAAACCAGAAAAAGACGUCGGCAGAUGUAUGAACAACACUACAGCUACCAGUAGACCUUUGAUCACUCUAAGGUUGGUGGUUCCUGCUAGUCAAUGUGGCUCUCUCAUUGGAAAAGGUGGUUGCAAGAUCAGGCAAAUACGAGAAAGUACAGGGGCUCAGAUCCAAAUGGCAGCAGACAUGCUUCCCAACUCAACUGAGAGGGCCAUCAGUAUUGCUGGCAUACCACAAUCCAUCAUUGAGUGUGUCAAACAGAUCUGCAUGGUCAUGUUGGAGUCUCCUCCAAAGGGCAUAACCAUUCCUUACCGGCCCAAGCCGUCAAGUUCUCUAGCCAGCUUUGUAGGCGGUCAGGACAGGUACAGCACUGGCAGCAACAGUGAGAGUUUCCCCCACACCAGCCCAUCUGUGUCCUUCAAUCCUGACCAGGAGGGAUCGUCCAUAGCCCUGACCAAAAUGCACCCGUUGGCAAUACAACAGUCUCAUUUUCCCAUGACAAAUGGCAACACCGGAUUCCGAGCAGGUUUGAAUGCGUCUGCUCACACUACUUAUCAAGAACUCAACAUCCCAAAUGAUUUGAUUGGCUGCAUCAUUGGGCGUCAAGGAGCCAAAAUCAAUGAGAUCCGUCGCAUGUCUGGGGCGCAGAUCAAAAUUGCAAAUCCAGUGGUAGGAUCUCCUGACAGACGGGUUACCAUCACUGGAUCUGCUGCCAGCAUUAGCCUGGCUCAAUAUCUGAUCAAUGUCAGGCUUUCCUCGGAGACCAACCGCAUGGGGAGCAGCUAA